UCCUAACAUGAUGAAUCUUAAAACCAAUAAAAGCAUGCGAUUGGUGGAGCAGAUUGGAGGCAGUUCACAGCCUGUGAGACUGCUCUUAGGGUGUUAAAACCCUAGGACCUCUCAGGGGGGAUGAGGAGGAUUAGAGCAGAUUACAGAGCAGUUUAUAACAGCAGAGAAGAAGAAGAGAGCCCGCAAACACACCAGUACACACAAACACCGAGACUGACUGGACUAAGUGGACUAACUGCUCUUACAGGACCGACUUUGACUAACUGGACUUGACCAGAUGCAGUGAACUCGUCUGACUCGAAUCUAUAUGAACUGAAGUGGAAGGAAGUGGUGGGUUAAAGUGGACUGACCCGGCUGAACUGGUCCUUACUGGUUCUUACUGGUGUGAGCUGGUCUGGGGGACUGGAAGUGGACAGAUGGAUGGCUUCCAGGCGUAUGGGGCGGGGAAGGCGGGCGGGGCUUUUGACCCACUGACCUUCAUCAGACAACCUCAGACUGUGGUGAGGAUCCUCUGCUGGUUCUUCUCCAUCGUGAUCCUGGGCUGCGUCGCUAACGAAGGUUACGUUAACCGACCUGAGGAGGUGGAGGAGUACUGCAUCUUCAACCGCAACCAGAAUGCCUGCAACUACGCCGUUGCUAUGGGAACACUGUGCUUUCUCUGCAGUGCUGCUUUCAUGGCGCUGGACGUUUAUUUCCCUCAGAUCAGCGGCGUGAAGGACAGGAAGAAGGCUGUCAUGGCCGACAUUGGAGUUUCAGCUCUCUGGUCUCUGGUCUGGUUCGUGGGUUUCUGUUUUCUGGCAAAUCAGUGGCAGGUUUCUAAGGAAGAAGACAACCCUCUGAAUGAAGGAGCUGAUGCCGCCCGAGCAGCCAUUGUUUUCUCCUUCUUCUCUGUCUUCACCUGGGGAGGUCUCACUCUUCUGUCAUUGGAGCGUCUGAAGAGAGUGUCGUUUGAAGAGGAAUACAACAAACUGUUCAGCCCUCCACUCGCCUGAAACAAACAAACACACACGCACACACGCACACACACACACACCUAACGUUACGUCUCUCCUUUAGCCAAUCAGAAAAAAAACAAGCAUUCCUGUGCCUCCUCCUCAGCUCAGUCUGGACUCUGAUUGGUCGAGCUAACUGCCUGUCAUCCAUAGUGCCUUCCUGUUUCUGUGGCAACAGGGUGAUGCUGUUUUCCUUCUCUGAUGUCGGAGCUGAUUGAUUAAAAAAUUCCCAUUGUUACAGUGAUGUCAGGAUAUGUUUGAUAUGAUGUCAUAAUGUUUCUUGAUGAAUGAAAAUGAUGUGAUGAUGAAGAAUAAAGAUAUAAAAAGUUUGACUGGGUGGUACAUGAAGAGUUAGUGUAAUGUGUGUGUGUUUAAUUGUUUGUUUUUAUCUGUGUUUAUGUGCGUUUUGUGUGUGAUGUGUUGUGUAUUUCUAUGUGUGUGCCUCCCCCUGCUGACUCUCUGAUGUCACUACUGUCAUCGUAACGUCGUCAGAUAAAAUUGGACUGUGUUGAUCCAUAAAAGGUGAAAUUCUCUCAUCACAGCAGCAGAGAAACUGAUUUUAAAAACUGUUUAAAAUAGUAAUAAAAUUCAUCAGAUUCCUCCUGAUGUAUUUUGCGGUUCUGUUUGUUUUCCCAAAAGAAAAAAGGCAACAGAUGAGUUAUUAUGAAACGGUUCCCUCUUAGUUACAUAAACAUCUAUAUGUCAUUUACAUUCAUGAUUAUAAGCAAAAUUGGACAAAAAAAUCAUUAACAAACGACAAUAAUCAUCAUAUAAACAUUAUUAGGAUGACAGAACGUACUAAGUAAACAAUAAAUACAUUCAUUAAUAAAUAAAUAAUCAGUGACUUUAUGGCUUCAAACUGAAAUAGGUCAUUUGAUUUG